AUGACCAACGCUCAGCUCUGGGCCGCAAUUCGUGCGUUUACGGAUGCGGAGCUGGAUCAUGUACGGAACAUUAUUCGUCUUUAUUACUGCGCUAAUCUCGCCGCAUGUGAUUCUUCUCCGCAAGUAACAAUGAGCGAUCAAAAAAACUUUCACAUUUCGUUAAAAUUCGGAGACACGGCACAUCGAGUGCGCGUGGACAAUUUUGUGCAUGUGUUUCUCGAUUACAUUCAUUAUCAAGUGCAGCAUCAUGCUAAAGCAAAGAUUUCCGACAAUACAAACUCAUUAAAUGCUAAAACAACUCGGGCAAUGUCAACCAGUUUCGAUGACGAGUUUCCUCCACUAACUAAAGUCGAGAUUAAACCAAACAAACGUAGAAUCACUACGACGCUGCUUUCGUCUGAUAAAGCAAAAGUCACAGCUCGACCAGUUCCUACUGUCAUUGCUUUUCCUCCUUUAAAAGCAACUGGAAACUUGAAAAGUUCAGUUUGGACGAAGCACUCAUUACUUGAAAAGCGCAUGGGUGCAACUGGUAUAGCUUCAAACUCGACUGCUGCUUUAUCAAAUGUGAAUCAUAAAUCUGUGACAUGGGCUUCUCAAAACUCAGGGCCUUUGAAGACAAAUGAGCAAGAAUAUUCGAGUGUCAAUUCAUUUCAUCAGCAACAGCUUUUGUCACGAAAAAAUCAAACAGCAGUUCAAAUGCCGCAUUUGCAGCUCGAGGGUUGUCAGCAGGAAUGUAUAGAGGGUUCACUUUCAUAUCAAAAGCAGAACACAACAAUGUCUAAAGGAGCGGUUUCUUCGUGGUUGGGAUCAAUGCCUCGUCUUUCGUCGUCUGCUUUUUGCGUGAACAAGCAAGCUGCCAAGCUUUACGGUUUCCUCAUUCGAGAGCGCUUUAUCAAGACGACAUGUGUAGAGUUGCAAGUCCUUGUGAGUUUAUUGUAUCAAGUCGAUUGUUCAUCGUGUAGCCAAUCUGUUGUCCACACAGUAAGUGACCGUAGCGAUCAUGUCACCAUGACGGAAUUUUGCUGGCGUACUCAUUGUCUCGAUUUCGCCGAAAUCGUGUGUUACGAGAUUGAAGAUGUUCUGAAGUGUCUGAGCGGUGACCUGAUCAAACUUGUUAAUGAAUGCCUAAGUGAUGCUGAGAAUAUUUGCAAAGAUCUAGCAGAACGACUGGAGCAAGAGUUUUGCAAACGUGAAGAGCUUCGUGUGACUGAAAGUACUCGACUUGGUUGUCAAUUGCCGAUCGAAAUGAAAGCUAGUGCCGCUCGCAACUUUGCGCUUCCAUUUAACGAAGAAACUGACUCGCGAUUGCAUUACCGGACACCAUUUGAAGCACUUUUGUAUUCGAAUCGUGAAAAAGCUCGCGAUGGAUUGUUAAACUUGUUACGAAAAUUUCAACAGCGACAACAUAGUGUCGUCGAAUUCGACGAUGUAGCUAUUGCAGCAGCAAUGACAGCAGCACGCGACUUGUUAUCAGACGUGUUGCCGGAGAAUCGAUGGUGGUUUGCUCAAUUUUUUGUCCAGGAACUCGUCCAAAUCGGGGCAAAUCCAUUUGGUGAGAAUGACCAUGAUCUCGUCUUGAAAAUUUUUAAGGAUAAACUCGUCGUUAAGAAUCCCGAUCGGCUGCGUAAGCUGCAUCGGCGAUUUACGAGUCAAAAAGCUGCGUCACAAAUACGAGGUGAGGGCGUGAACAACAAGAAUCGAUCAAACGGCGAUGCUUCAAAUCAGUUUUUGCGUAAAUCGCGACACGAAAAUACCGAAAAUGAUGCAAGUCAAGAGUGGAAGGCUACUUUGAAUCAAAUGAAGCGCUUUUUUACUGACAAUCAACUUUUUUUCUUUCAUUUUUUACGCACCUGUGAUAGUUACGUGUUCUCGGAGCUGGUUAGGCGCCAUUUAGAACGUGAAUUCGACGCAAUUCAAUGCUGUUCGUCUGACCGUAAAGAUUUUACUGAGACCGUGCUGAAGCUUAAGGUCGUCGCCAAAUUUCUUGGUUAUUUCCGUUUUUCACCUCAGUGGCACGUGACGAGCUCGAUUCGGCGUCUAGCAUUGGAAAAUGAAGCAUAUCAAGUGGUUGAACAAGAAGGUAUCAACAUUUUUGAAUGGACUCGGGAAGUUGGAGUGGACGUGAAGAAGGCACUUGAAACAAGCAUAUUGUACGGAAAGAUUGCUAAGUGCAUUCCGUGGUUGUGCGACUAUAUGUGUAUGUUAGUACUCGACACCUUUUCAAUACAAACAACGUAUUUCAAGCAACUUUUGGUGCUGCUGCACCUUUUGUAUCGAUCCCGUCGCCUGACUUUACUAGGUGAGACUGGACUGUACAUUGCUAUGCAACUUGAGCGAAUCUUUGACUUGUUGCAUGUGGAUGGAAGCAUAAUGCACAAGAAAGAGUUUCAAAGUGAUGGAUUGUUUCCAUCAUCUGAGGUAUGGAAAGCGCUUCAAGUAGACAAAGAAGCAUUAGGUUAUCAGCACGAAAACGACAUGGAGAUAGAUCGGUUACCAUUUUUGUAUAGUCAAGUCUUUAUCCAGAGCUGCGUAAGUGAGAUCGAGGACUUGCGAGGAUGUAUACAGACAUGUGCGCAGCGAACACUCCGACAUACAUCCGUAAGUGCUGGAGCUAGAUUGAAUGCAAACCACUUUGCCACGCCACUACGUAAACUUCGCCCACUGCAAAUCAUACUUGAACCUGACACAAGUAUUUCAAGUAACUCGUUAAAUUUAUCGUCUGUCGAUCCCGACGGAAAAGUGUCACCGAUAAAUGGCUCACUUCCGACCAUUUCAUUUGAACAGAUUCAAGAAGCGGAUACGUUAUCGGACGCGCUAUUUAAAGUUUAUCCAAGAUUAAAAAGUAUACUCGAUUUUGUGGUCAUCACCGUGACAACGGACGUAUGUGAACAUGUGAUAAAGUACAUUGUAAUGUCUCGAGCGGACACUUUCGUGGAUCGAUGCAGUAAAGAGAGCAAUUUAGGCCGAGAAGUGACGAGCGGGAGAGUACUGUCAAGUCAAGAAAACUCAGCAGUUGCUGCUCAGUCGUUGUUCCAAAAACUUUUAACCGCUAAGACUCGUGACGAGGUAAAUGCUUCAGUACGAACGGCCUUGGUUACUGCGCUUCGAUUGAGGCAAGAGCGCGUAUGUACAGCAAUUUAUGCGUUCAUGCCGCCAUCGGCUCAUCCGACUUUGAUCGAGUCGAUUACUCGUGUCGCUCUGCAGCGCACGCGUGGAGCUCUGGAAGUACUUGUGUCCAAGAGUACCCAAUCCGAAUUUGUGAAACGCGUGGAACACCAAAAAAAAAGGAUACUGAAAGAUAUAGAAACGGUAACAAUCACGACUACACCAUCCUCGUGUUUUUGCACGAACGUGCCACGAGAAUUACGACGAAUAUGUGCACUGCUGUCAAAACAUAUCAAUUUCGAAGGACUCAAAGGAGAUGAAGCAUAUUGGCAAUCGCAGAUAAAAGUUCUGUUGCAGUAUUUGUCGGAAUUUUUAAUCAUGCUAGAUGAAUGUGGCGAUUUGGCUGGGCGUCUCUCGACUUUAGUGCUUUGGGAUGUUAUCUGGCGUACCAUAACGUCUUGUUUCAGGAUUUUUGAAGGAACAUUAAACGUAUUUGUGAAGUGGCAUUUGAAUUGCGAGCGCAGUACCUCUGAACUGAUUGAACUGGCAAUACGAAUAGUAACAUUGUUUGAAAUUCUUGUGCGCUCUAUCGGAAAACGUGAUGAUAAUGAUGCUGCAGUUGCUCGCAUACAGUCCCUUUUCAUCUUUGUUCUAGACUUUGUGACGAAAUUACCAUCCACGCAAUGUUCUUCCGAUGAAAAUUGUGCUCAAUUGGCAAAACGAAGCGCUAUUCGGAUUCAAUCAUUUGUAGUCGCGAAUUUAAAAGCCGUGGCAAUAGCGGCGGAUAAACAAUGUCAAGUUGAUAUAAAGUGGGACCAGUAUUUAAACGCAAAACAUGCAGUCAACGCACUGAUGCCCAUUGAUUGGCAACGAUAUAAAACUGCUACUACAACAACGACAGCAGUAUAA